AUGGGCGAAUCCCUAAGGAAUAGUCUGAAAUGGCUACUUUAUCUUCUUAUAGUUUCACAAGUUCAUGCUUUCUAUAUUCCGGGUUGGUCGGUAAAGAGUUACAAGGAAGGCGAACAUAUCCCUUUACUCGUUAAUAAAGUCUAUUCCGAUAAUACGCAACUACAAUAUGCCUACUACGAUCUACCGUUCGUCUGCCCGCCCACGGGUAAGAGCCAUGGUCCCGGUCUACUAAGUGGCCAGAGCAUCUCACUCAAUCUCGGAGAAGUUCUUCGUGGUGACCGGAUUAUGACUUCAGACAUUGAUCUUACCAUGGGACAAGACAAAGAAUGUAGUUUUCUAUGCGAGCAAGUGGUUACAAGAAAAGAUCUAAGGAGAGCCAAGGAACUGGUUAGGGAAGGAUACGUGGUAGAGUGGAUCGUCGACAAUCUACCCGGCGCCACUAGUUUCGUUACCGUCGACAAGUCGAGAAAGUAUUAUGCUGCCGGCUUUAAGCUUGGCUUUACCGAUUACUCGUCAAGCACCGGAAAGCCGCGCUACUUCCUCAAUAACCACCACACCAUCGUUAUUCGAUACAGGGCGGCGUCAGGUCGAGCCGGCGAGAAGGGAGGCAAAGUAGUCAUCGGUUUUGAGGUUUAUACCAAAAGUAUUGGCCCAAAUGUCAAGCGAGAUAACGGCUGCCCUGCCGAUCUUCACGAUGUUGAGGAUCGCUUCGAACUCUACAUGGCCCCAAAUAAAACGACCGAUUUCCAAACGCUGCACCCCCGCUCGUCUUACCACCCCGCGGCGCUUGAAGAAGGCGAUGAUGAUGAUACUAUCUCCAUCCCGUACUCGUAUUCUGUGUACUUCCGCGAAGACGAGUCGAUCGAAUGGAACCGUCGUUGGGAUUUAUAUUUCGUUAACUCGGAGGAGGGCUCUCGAAUCCACUGGCUAGCUAUCGUUAACUCCCUGAUUAUCUGUGGCCUGCUCACUGGUAUCGUUCUCAUGAUCUUGGCUAAGACGAUCAGGUCCGACAUCAAAGGAUACAAGGAAGGUUCUAUCGAAGAGGGCAAGUUACGCAAGGGAAAGUCUGGCAAGCGUAGUCCUAAAUCUGAAAAGGCAGGAUUUGGCGUCCUCGAGAGAGAAGCCGAUGUGGAUAACGAAAUAGAAGUGGCAUCCGAUGAUGAAGCACUAGAGGAUGUCACGGGCUGGAAGCUUUUACAUGCGGAUGUCUUCAGGAAGCCCGAGUAUGGUCAUCUACUAGCUCCACUUGUCGGGUCAGGCAUGCAGCUCUUAUUCAUGGCCAUUGGUUUGGUUUUGCUAAGUGCUAUUGGUAUCUUGAACCCCAGUUUUCGCGGUGGCUUCCUCAGCGCUGGGUUCGGCCUCUUCGUAUUUGCAGGUGUCUUCUCUGGUUACUUCUCCGCAAGGGUAUACAAGACUUUUGACGGAAAGGACUUCGGGAAGAAUGCUCUUGUUACAGCAUUUUUAUUUCCUGGUUUACUAUUUGGUCUGAUCUUUAUACUAAACCUCUUCGUCUGGGCACAAGCUUCUAGCACUGCUAUACCAUUCGGAACUCUGAUAGCUAUUGUGCUCCUAUGGCUUUGCAUUCAGGUCCCACUAGUUUAUCUGGGCUCUUGGUAUGGAUUCGUCCGUACAGGCGCAUGGGAACAUCCUACCAAGACUGCGAGCAUUCCUCGUCAAGUCCCCAACCAAGCUUGGUAUGCCAAGAAAUUACAGUCAAUCCUCCUUGCCGGCCUAGUUCCAUUUGCUGUGAUCUUCAUCGAGCUUCUCUUCGUAUUCCAGUCGCUAUGGCAGGAUAAGAGCGGGUACUACUACGUCUUCGGCUUCCUCGCUGUCGUUUCCGUUAUCCUGAUCCUAACUAUUGCCGAGGUCACAGUUGUGACUAUCUAUGUCCAGCUCUGCUCCGAGAACUAUCACUGGUGGUGGCAAUCCUUUUUCGUGGGCGGCGGAAGUGCCAUAUGGGUGUUUCUAUACAGCAUAUGGUACUACUUUGCCAACUUGCAUAUAUCGGGCUUCGUGAGCUCCAUGCUGUUCUUCGUAUAUAGCUUUAUGGCGUGCUGUGUGUACGGACUUCUUACUGGCACCGUGGGAUUCCUGACGGCGUAUGCAUUCGUCAGGAGGAUAUAUGGUGCUAUUAAGGCAGACUAG